AUGCCCGGUCCAACCAGGCCUGGUGGUUCGAUAUUCGCCAGUUCCAGUGGUCUGACAAUGGCCCCUCCAGUGACGUCGCCAUCGAUCUUUGAUAGCCUUUCUCCUGUCACCUCCCCCUUCAAAGAGCCUUCGAAAUCGAACCAUCACUUGAAUGCUCUGUAUACUCCGGAAAUGGCUAGUUCUUCCGGUCUCUCCCGCUCGGCCUCACAAUCGUCUUUGGUUUCCAAUCCACACAUCAACCCCAAGAUAUUUGAUACCCCACUUUCAUCGCAAAACACUCCCGGUGGCUCUCCUGCGACGGUCUCCAGUGUCCUGCCUACUGAUCUGCAAGCUCAUUUGACUUCUUCAAAGAAGAGGCCCGCGAGUGUUAGCGACGUUGACCGUGAUCUUCCUGAAGAUGGUCACCUGUAG